AUGGGGGCGAAAAUUCAGCCCCCCGCGCCCGGAGAAAGACUUGUUCUCCAAGAACUGGCUACGUCAGUGAUUCCCCUAAAACGAGAGGUAGCUGCUGCCGUGAAAAGCAAAAUAUUCAACCGUUCAUAUUUGGUAUACGGAUAUUACAGACAGCAGCGGAAGUUGACUGAAGAAGUUGAUUGGUCAUAUACAGGAACUCUGAACCAAAAGGACUGGGGAAAAAAAUAUUCAGCUUGCAAUGGUGCCAAACAAUCUCCUAUUAAUAUAGAUGAAGACCUUACCCAAGUGAAUGUGAAUCUAAAGAAACUUAAAUUCCAUGGAUGGGAAAAGGAAACUGGAGAAGAUACUUUCAUUCGCAACAAUGGCAAAACAGUGGAGAUUAACCUGACAAAUGAUUACUAUGUAAGUGGAGGUGGCUUAGAUACUGUAUUCAAAGCAAGCAAGAUCAUUUUUCACUGGGGAAAAUGCAAUGCGUCAUCGGAUGGAUCAGAACAUAGCUUGGAAGGACAAAAAUUUCCUCUUGAGAUGCAAAUCUACUGCUAUGAUGGAGAUCUAUUUACAGACUUCGAAGAGGCAAUUAAAGGAAAUGGAAAGUUAAGAGCUUUAUCAAUUUUGUUUGAGAUUGGAGUAGAAGAUAAUCCGGAUUAUAUUCCAAUCAUUAAUGGAGUAGAUAGUGUUAGUCGUUUUGGAAAACAGGCUGCCUUAGAACCAUUUGUUUUGCUGAACCUUUUACCGAACGCAACAGACAAAUAUUACACUUACAAUGGGUCUUUAUCAACUCCUCCCUGCUCGGAAACAGUUGAAUGGAUUGUGUUCAAAGAUACUAUUAGUAUUUCGGAGCACCAGUUAGCAGUAUUCUGUGAAGUCCUUACGAUGCAGCAGUCUGGCUAUGUGAUGCUGAUGGACUAUCUGCAAAACAACUAUCGAGAGCAGCGAUAUAAGUUCUCUGGGCAAGUGUUUUCCUCUUACACUGGACAAGAAGAAAUUCAUGAAGCAGUUUGCAGCUCAGAACCUGAAAAUGUCCAAUCUGAUCCAAAGAAUUAUACCAGUCUUCUGGUUACAUGGGAAAGACCUCGGGUUGUGUAUGAUACCAUGAUUGAGAAGUUUGCUGUCUUUUAUCAACAGUUGGAUGGAGAAGACCAGACUAAGCAUGAGUUUCUGACAGAUGGGUAUCAGGACUUGGGAGCUAUUCUAAAUAAUCUGCUGCCCAAUACAAGUUAUGUUCUUCAGAUAGUUGCUGUUUGCUCUAAUGGUCUGCACGGAAAAUACAGUGACCAAGUCAUUGUUGAUAUGCCUUUAGAGGACCAAGAGACUGACCUCAUUCCUGAACUGAAUGAAACUGAAGAUUAUGAGGAUGAAGCUGAUGAAAAAGAAACAGAGAUGGAUGAAGAAACUGCAGUGAUUCCUAGCACUGACAGUGCAAUAAAACAAAUAAAGAGGAAAGAUUUCCGAGUGACUACAUCAAGCUACGGUCAAGAUAACACAGGGACAGAAUCUAGUGAAGCUAAAAUAAAUAGAUACUUAACAGGAGAAGAAUUGCCUGGUAAGGAGGAUGCUUUCAAAGCUGUUUAUUUUCCUACUUCUCCAGCUGUCAGUGAAACUUCUGAAGAAGAAGAUCCUUUUUUGGAAUCCCAAACGAUUACUGAAACUCCUCCUCAAUUCAUUGACUCCACCAAAGGCAUAGAAGAAGAAUACAUAUACCUUUCUUCAGGCACUGAACCAACCAGGAUAACCACUACAGGCCAUAGUGGUGAAGAUUUCUUAUUGUCUCCUUUUAAACCUGAUCAGGAAUCUGAUGACUUUUGGAGUUCAGUUCUCACCACUUCUUCAGCACAUCUAGUUACAGAGGAGACCUCCCAAGAAGACAUCCUUCCUUCUGGAAGCCCAGAUAUAAGCAUGCAUGAUGUCCUUUACCAAGGCUCUGUCAAAUAUAUUUCAGAAGGUGCAGCACCGCCAAGCUCCGAUGAGCCUCCAAAGCAUACAUCUUCCACUGAUGGAAAUGUGUGGUUUCAUAAUGCUACGGAGCUGACAACUCAGUCUGUUGGUACAUCGGAUAGCAGUCUUUUGUCUCAGACCAAUUACUCUGAGGCUUACGUAGAGGGAUUAAAGCCAGCUACAGUGCCCUAUUCCGGCAGCCCAGUGGUUUCACAGGACACGUCAGAUGCGGAUUUAGAAUUGCCACAUUAUUCUACCUUUGCUUUCUCCUCUGCUGAAUUAUCACCUCACUCUCUCUCUUCAAGCUCUGGAGAAUAUGGUUCUGCUUCUGCUGCCAGUGAGGUACUCUCUCAGACAACUCAACCAAUCUAUAAUGGUGAGAUACCUCUUCAACCUUCCUACAGUAGUGAAGUGUUUCCUCUAGUCACCCCUUUAUUGUUUGACUCUCAGAUGCUCGACACUACCCUUGCUACAUCAGAUAGUGAUGUGACCUUGCAUGCUACACCUGUAUUUCCCAGUGUUGAUGUGUCAUUUGAACCCACCCUGUCUUCCUAUGAUGAUGUACCUUUGCUUACAUUUUCCUCUGCUUCCUCCAGUAGUAGAAUGUUUCACCGUCUGUACACAGUUUCUCAAAUGUUUCCACAAAGCGCUACUCCAGCUGUUGCAAGUGAUAAGGUGUCCCUGCAUGCUUCUUUGACGUUGGCAGAGGGUGAUACAUUAAUACAGCCAAGCCUUGCUCAAUAUGCUGAUGUGGUGUCACAUCAGACCACUCACGCUGCUUCAGAGACACUGAUAUUUGGUCAUAAUAGAACUCACAUAUUUUCUGAAGUCGAACCAUCCAGCAGUGAUUUAAAUGUGCAUGUACUAUCUACAAUGUCUGAACAUCCUUAUGCUUUGUCUAGUAAUGUGGGCUCCCUCCAAAGCUUUACUGUUUCUUAUGACUCUGCAGAAUUUGUGCAUGGUUCUGUUGACGUAUUUCAUCAGGAUCCUUUAUUUAGCAGCUAUAACAAUGUACUGGUGCAUAAACCUUCCUCUGUAACAAAACAAGCUGAUACUUGGCUGCAGCCUACGCGCUCUCUAUCUAGUGAUAUGGAUUGGUCUGAAGCAUACUCUGGUAGUGAGUCCCUUUUGCCUGACACAGACACUUUGACCAUAAAUAAUGCUUCUUCCUCUGAUUCUGUAGAUGAAAUUACAUAUGAAUCAUCUGGUUUUAGUGAUGUUAAUAAGGUACUUCAAAAAGGUGGUGUUGUAUAUGGAGAUGAGAAAGAACUGCAAAUUUCUUCUUUAAGUGAAAUGGCUUCCAGUGCUGAAAGUAAACUGAUACCUGAACUUUCUACAUCUGUUUCUAAUAACGUUGUAAUUAAGCAGACCACGUCUCUGCAAGAAAGCCUACUUCCUGUUUCUAGCACAAAGGGAAUCCUUCCAGUCUCUCUUGCUUUUCCCACUACUAAGGUAUUUGAUUAUGAUCUUAGUAAACUUACAGAAAAUCGCCUUUCCGUUCAGCCUUUGCAUGUUACAUCUCCAGCCUCUGAUGACACUUUGCUUAGACCUAUGCUUAGUGCAAUCUCAGAACAAGCUGUCUCUGCCCCUGCUUAUAGUAAAACGUUAUCCUCGACUCAGCCGUACUUUUAUGAGGCCUCAGCUACAUUAAAUAAUGACACAUUACUGCAGUCCUCCUUCCAGUCUUCUGGCGAUGGCACUCUGCUUAACACAGCUGCGGUUGUGCCGAGUGAUCCAAUAUUGGCUGAAAGCUCCAGGGUUUAUAAAGAUAGUUCUGCAUUUGACCAAAUAUGGCAUCAAAUGGCACCAGGUUCUGCUACAAAUGAAACUAUGCUGCCUUCUGCAUCUCUACCUUCCAUUGCUGAUAUGUUGUCAAACACUUUUAGUAAGCCCACAGCGUCACUUCAAGGCUUACCUGUUUCUUAUGCAAGUGAGGAGUAUGUUUCAUCCAGCUUGUUUAACAGUGAAGAUGUUCAGCAGGUUAUGCCUUCAUUGUACAGUAGCGAUGUUUCGUUCCAGCUGACCAGUUUAGAAAAUGCAAAUACCUUUCCCCCCCAAGCAGCAGACGCAGUAGCAACUCCCUUCCUAACAGCUGAUGCAUUACCUCAUGUAGCUACUCCUCCAGACAGCCAUACCUCUGCAAGUGUUUUUGAACGAAGUGAGACUGCCAGUGUCUCUUCAAGUUUUCCAUUUGGUUUUGAUCCUGUGCAAAUGCCUGCAGUGGUUUCUGAUUCUGAUGUGUCCAUUCAUCACACCCUUCCUUUACCAAGUGCACAUAUUUCUGUCACAGCUGUUCCUCCCAAAAGUGAGAGCCCUGUAACUUUGAGUAGGUUACUGGUUCCUUCUAGAGAAUCCUCUGGGUUGUCUCCCAGUGUCAUGUCCAGUACCGAUUUGUGGCCUUCUGUAGUUGAGGAUGACUACGAUGAGUAUGACGAUGGCUUUCCCAUAAGUAACUGUAUCUCAUGCUCUUCCCAUAGAGAAGAUGAGGAUAUGGUAGUAGAGGAGCAAAAUGCAGAGGUAAACAAUAACAACCUAAUUAUAAGCUCACAUUCUGGGAAACCUGAAGAAGAAGAGAGAAUUUCGACUGCUGCAUCAGACAGGCAGAUAAACUAUGCCACGGAAACACAUAAUUAUACAUCUGUACCAUCUCUGACAGCAAGUGUGAUACCUGAGAAGCACAGCGACCCGACAUUUUUGGAGAACCAUAUUCAAACUGCUAGUGUCCCAUUGCAAAACGCAUCAGAGUCUAAGUCUUGGGCUGUUUUUACAAGUGAUGAAGAAAGUGGUUCUGGCCAAGGUACCUCAGAUAGCCUUAAUGAUAAUGAAACGUCAACAGAUUUCAGUUUUCCUGACCUUAAUGAGAGAGACACUGAAGGGGCAGUUGAAGCAGGUAACUCAGAAUUAACUCCUGGAUCGUCACAGUCAUCAUCCUCAUCUGUAACUAGCGAUCACUCAUCAGUAUUCAACAUCUCUGAGGCAGAGGCAAGUAAUAGUAGCCAUGAGUCUCGUAUCGGUCUAGCCGAGAGUCUGGAAUCAGAGAAGAAGACAGUUAUACCACUUGUGGUCGUAUCCGCCCUGACUUUUAUCUGUCUAGUGAUUCUUGUGGGUAUUCUCAUAUACUGGAGGAAAUGUUUCCAGACUGCUCACUUUUAUUUGGAAGAUAACACGUCACCUCGAGUGAUUUCUGCCCCCCCUGCUCCAGUCUUCCCAGUCUCAGAUGAUGUUGGAGCAAUUCCAAUAAAGCAUUUUCCAAAACAUGUUGCAGAUUUACAUGCAAGUAAUGGUUUUUCUGAAGAAUUUGAGACACUGAAAGAGUUUUAUCAGGAAAUCCAGAGCUGUACUGUAGAUCUAGGUAUUACGUCAGACAGCUCUAAUCACCCUGACAACAAGAAUAAGAAUCGAUACAUAAACAUUGUUGCUUAUGAUCAUACCAGGGUCAAACUAGCACAGCUUGCAGAAAAGGAUGGAAAACUGACUGAUUACAUUAAUGCCAACUAUGUUGAUGGCUACAACAAGCCAAAAGCCUACAUUGCAGCUCAAGGACCACUAAAAUCAACAGCAGAAGAUUUCUGGAGAAUGAUAUGGGAACAUAACGUAGAAGUUAUUGUGAUGAUAACUAAUCUCCUUGAGAAAGGAAGGAGAAAGUGUGACCAGUACUGGCCUGCUGAAGGUAGUGAAGAAUAUGGGAACUUCUUGGUUACUCAGAAGAGUGUCCAUGUACUUGCCUAUUACACUGUGAGGAAUUUUACUCUUAGAAACACGAAGAUCAAAAAGGGUUCCCAGAAAGGGAGGUCUAGUGGACGUGUAGUAACUCAGUACCAUUAUACCCAGUGGCCUGACAUGGGUGUUCCAGAGUACACGCUGCCCGUGCUCACCUUCGUGCGGAAGGCAUCGCACGCCAAGCGCCAUGCUGUGGGGCCGAUUGUGGUUCAUUGCAGCGCUGGUGUUGGAAGGACAGGCACUUACAUAGUGUUAGACAGCAUGCUGCAGCAAAUUCAGCAUGAGGGGACAGUCAACAUAUUUGGAUUCUUAAAACACAUACGUACCCAAAGGAACUAUUUGGUGCAGACUGAGGAGCAAUACAUCUUCAUUCAUGAUGCACUAGUUGAAGCAAUUCUCAGUAAAGAAACAGAAGUCCUUGAGACUCAUAUUCAUGCCUAUGUUAAUGCCCUCUUGAUACCUGGACCAACAGGAAAGACCCGGCUGGAGAAGCAGUUCAAGUUACUGAGCCAGUCUAACACACAGCAGUGCGAUUACUCAACUGCACUCAAACAGUGUAACAGGGAAAAGAAUCGAACUUCAUCCAUCAUUCCUGUGGAAAGAUCUAGAGUGGGUAUCUCAUCACUGUCUGGUGAAGGCACAGACUACAUCAAUGCUUCCUAUAUUAUGGGUUAUUAUCAAAGUAAUGAAUUCAUUAUUACCCAGCAUCCCUUACUACACACUAUCAAGGAUUUCUGGAGAAUGAUAUGGGACCAUAAUGCCCAGCUAAUAGUCAUGCUCCCUGAUAGCCAGAAUAUGGCUGAAGAUGAAUUUGUGUACUGGCCUAACAAAGACGAGCCUAUAAACUGUGAGACUUUCAAAGUUACUAUGAUUGCUGAAGAACACAAGUGUCUGUCUAAUGAGGAAAAGCUCAUAAUCCAAGACUUUAUUUUAGAAGCUACACAGGAUGACUAUGUACUCGAAGUGAGGCAUUUUCAGUGUCCAAAAUGGCCAAAUCCUGAUAGUCCUAUUAGCAAAACCUUUGAACUGAUCAGCAUCAUCAAAGAAGAGACAUCCAACCGUGACGGACCCAUGAUUGUACAUGAUGAGCAUGGAGGGGUGACAGCAGGCACUUUCUGUGCUCUGACAACACUCAUGCAUCAACUGGAAAAUGAGAACUCGGUGGAUGUUUACCAGGUAGCAAAGAUGAUAAAUUUGAUGAGGCCUGGAGUCUUUACAGACAUUGAACAGUACCAGUUUCUGUACAAAGCGAUUCUCAGCCUUGUCAGCACAAGGCAAGAGGAAAACCCUUCAGCAUCUAUGGACAGUAAUGGCUCAGCUUUGCCAGAUGGAAAUGCAGCUGAAAGUUUAGAAUCUUUAGUUUAAGUAACAAGGCAAAUUGAACACACAAACACUUGCACCACGUCAGUCACAUCUGGAGUUUACCAUUAUUCUUUUCAGUUUUCUACUUAGUGGGGGGAAAUCUAUCCAGUUACUCAAUAUGUAAUCAGCCCAACUUUUGUUCCAGCAAAGUCAUUUCUGUGACAUAUGACUUUACUGAGGAACUUUUAUCAUUAACAAUGUGUGCCUUUUCUUGAACGAUUUCUUGUAAUACGUUGUUCUGUCUGGACUAACUUGAUUGACUUUUACAGUGUUUCUAAGAAUUGAAUUGUGGUACAUUUUUUCAGUAUUAGUUUUUGAUUUAUCUGGCUUUACUUUUAACUUAAAAUUAUCAUAUUUAUAGGUGUUAGGGGAUUCUCAAUUACAAACAAACGUCAUGGUUUUAGUAUUUGAUUUAUUUGCUGUAUUUAUAACAAUCUACAUUUGCUAGAAAUAUAACUUUUAAUAUAGUGGAAUGUAAAUAAAAUACUGUUCUCCAUAACAUUCCGCAUUUUAAGACUUCAAUUAGACAUUUAGCAUAGUAAUCUGAUACUUACUGUAAAUACUGCUACUUCUAUAGUGAUUCCAUGGACCAAAUUUAUAUUUAUAAUUGUAGAUUUUUAUAUUUUACUACAGAGUCAGUUUUCUAGUUCUGUGUAAUUGCCUUGUUAAAAUGAUGUAGUCCAGUAUGUUUUUAUUUUAACAAAGUCUUCUGAUAUAUAAUUGUGCAUAUUAAGCAAUUAACCUUCAUAUAGCUGCAUGUGAUUUUAACCUUUUGUGAGGAAUAGAAAUCAUUUGUUUUGAAAUGAGAAGUUUUUAUGAGAAUAACACCAGUACUUGGCAUUGUUAAAUUGUUUUUACCUAUGGCAUUGCAAAAAUAAAUAUAAAUAUUCCAAUCUGUGCCUCACAG